CACAACCUGAUCGGACGGGUUUGGUGGAUGUGGCUGAGCAACGGCCCCGACUUCUCGUCAAGGAACGCCAUAUUGAAUCCAAGUGCAUAACUCGUGAGACAGUAGAGGCGAAGCUGAGGGAAAAUUUCAGGUUCACCACAAAAAUAGAGAACGAUUUUACAAUCUAAUUAAUCAUAUUUUUCUAGUCUACAAGCCAAUCUCUCUAAAGAUUACGUUUAAUAAGUACAAAACAGACGUUUUACGUCACAAGGGUUAAUAAAAAUUAUUUCAGUGCGACAAACGAUUAGACGUACAUUUAUAGAAGUGUAUGAAAAUUAAGAGGAAAAACCAAUUCAUGGCACUUUUGAGUGAGAUAAAACCACCCCUAAUGGCUUUUCUCACAAAUAACUUCGGUAAAACUAGAAUUAGUAAGGAACGUUGUUAAAAUUUCACUAUUUUACCCGUUUUGACCGAGGAUUUUUAUUUAUGUGGUCGUCAUUUUUAACAUACCCGAUUGGCUAGUUGAUCACAAUUCAAAAAACUUGCGACUACUUUUAAACCGUGUCACGGCUGAAGGUCGGGAAUAUUAACGUUUGACCUUAAUUUUUUUUAAGCUCUUAAUUCGAUUAAAAAAUUAGGGCGAUUGGCUUGGUGGGCUAUGAGAAAAUAGACGUGUGUUUUCGGUCGAAAAAAUAUUUGAGCCUUGAGAAGGUAGAAGUAAAAUUGUCGACACCAAAAUUGGGCAAAUCUCACUGUUCACAUCAAAGAAUGUCUUCUACUUAGACUCUUCAAAAAAAUCAAAAAAGGAUCGAAAUAAAUAAUUCUCCUAAAGGAAAGAGAAUGAGUGGGACUAACGAUGAGGAUCUUGAAGAUGGCGAAAUUUUUGAUGAUGAUGAUGACCAGACUGUGCCUUUACCACAACCACCAACGCAACAGUCUCAAAUCCGACCGUUGCUUAAAGAUGAACCUCUUUUACAAGUGGUUUCCCCACAUCCGAAGAGGCGAAUCUCUUCGCCAAACAUGAUGGACAGGAAACGCCAACAACAGAAAAACAGGAGAGGCAAAAGGAAUAGAGAUGAUGACCGUCUCUUUCAACAAAGGAAGAAAAGACGAAAUAAUGAUGAAAAACUCGUGCAGAGGGACAAGGAUGUUCUUCUUGAGGAUGAGGAUUCUCUUCUUAGAAGUGGUAACUCUCCAAAUUGGGAAAACAGAUAUGAAAAGUCAGAUGGUUAUAUUUUAGACGAAGAAGAUGAGGAGAUGUGCGGACCGACGAGGAGAGGCGGAAGAGGGAUAAGAGAUUUCUCCGGGAGGCAGAGAAGAAUGAGGAACAACCGGGGUGGAAGAAGGGGCUGCGGUGGUGGAGGACCGGGAAAUGCCGGUGGUCCUCAUAGAAGAGGAGGAGGAGUUGGUGGCAGUGGCGGAGGAGACAAUAUGUGCAAAUUCUUUCUCCAGGGAAAGUGCCAUAGGGGUACUGAUUGUACAUUUUCCCACCAGACUCAUUCAAACCGAAAAUUCGAGCUCUGCAAGUUCUACAUGAAUGACUGUUGUACAAAAAAGGACAAGUGUAUGUACAUGCAUGGCGAUUUCCCUUGCAAGUUCCACCACCUCGGACUUAAAUGCUAUGCUGGGAAGAGGUGCAAGUUUUCACACUACCCAGUUUCGAAUUUUGUUAAACAAAUGCUAGUCAAGCACAACCAAACUGAAAGUGAUAAGCAUUUCCUUCUCCAGCUUGAGACUCGGUCGCCAGGGAGAGGUUCGCCAGACUUCCUAGAUUUUCACAAUCAGGAAGAUCAAGAGGAAGAUUACGGGAUGGACGGCCCGAACGGUGGGCCGUUCGACCAAUUAGGAGGGAAUUUCUUUGAACCGCAGGCUGGAAGAAAUAAUAGGAAUCAAAACAACAUGAACCACGGCCAGCACAACCGUUUGGACGAUAGAGAGAGGAAAAGAGAUCGAUCUCAAGCACCUCACAAUUAUCCUAAGCAAAACCGACAAGAUGAACAAUCCGGUGAAGAUGAUGCCAAUACAACACCAAUGCCUUCACCUUCAGAUAAUGCUAAUGAUAGGGAUCAUUUUUCAACUGAAAAAGAUGAAAGUACUACACCUGCUAAACCUUCAUCACCACUAUCCGAAAACAAAACUGAAGCAGAUCAACUUUCUAAUCAACCUUCUGUAGAGGAUGUGCCAUCAUCAUUGCCUCAGAAACAACGAGAGUUAUUUAUGAGAAUACAACAACAACAGCACAGGCAAAACAGUUCUAUGAAGGGAGGAGAAGAACAACCAACAAACAAAGAUGAUGAGUAUAAAGAAGAAGAUUGGUAUUCGUCAGAUGAUGAAGGAAAUCCUCUCUCCACUAUUUUAAAAACAAUUAAACCAAAAUCUUAUGCGACGGAGCAUAAUAAUGAAUUAAAAGGCAAUUUGCCAGCUAUGCCAAAGAGUCUUCCUGAUAUAGACAUAAACGAAGUUUCAAAAUUGCUGGAGACGAUAAAACAGAAAGGGGCUCAGCAAGAGGAAAUGAACCAAAAUAAAGAAAACAAAAUGAAGAGUAAUGAAAAGCCUGAGGAGAAACGAAGGGUAAGAGAUCCACGGUUACAAAAGGCGAACCACGCCGCCGCCACAGUAAGUGAAGACAAGGCGAGCCAACCAGUCGCUCCUGGAAACUCCACUUUACACCCUGGUGAUGUCGAUUUGAGGGUCGGUAUUCCGAUGACUGACUUGGCACCUCCUUCGAACUUAGACAUUGAUUUGCGGCAGUUGCCUUUUAAACCCGCACCAGUUCAUCAGGCAGCGAAUGAGAUAGAUGCUUCAAUCAAAUCCCACAUGAUAAUAAAUUAUGUUUUAAAGCCCUUUCCACAGCAGCCUAAACCCGACUAUAAUGGAGUUCAAGCUAAAUGUGCUGGAGAUCCAAGGCUGAAAAUGACUGGAGUGCAGCCUCAACCUUUGAAGCCAGUGUCGAGUGCACCUUCCGGUAUCGUAAACCCAUUUAUGAUGGUAGGACAGCCGAUGUACAACGUAGACACCAGUCAUGCUCCUCCGCAGCCGGCACAUCCUCCGGUUCAAAGCAGGGAUCCACGGCAGAGGGCUUUAGCGAAUGAUCCUAGACGGAAAAAUUUGCAACCUCAACCACCGCCUUCUGUGAUCCCUCAACACCAUCCGCCUCCAGCACUAAGAUUCGGACAAGAAUUGCCCAUACAACCGCAAUUUUUCCACCAACAAAGGGGUGACUCUGAUUUAAGGAACCCUAGUAUGUUCAAUGUGGGUGAUGUUGAUCUUAGGUUUCAACAGCCGCCAACCCCACGUUUUGUUUUCAAAUGAUGAAACAUUUAUUUUCCCUUAUAUUAUCUAUCCAUUUAAUUUUGUAAAAAAGUGAUUAAAAGUAAUUUUUUAAUUGUUACAAUUUUAAGUUUUGGUAAAAUGCCUACUUUCUUUCUUGUAAAUAGUCUAAAGUUGUUUAUACAUUAGUUCUUCUUGAGGUUUAUAAAUAAAUGAAACAAAAAUGUGUAUAAAUAAAAGACAAUGAUUGGAAGAUCUCAUCACAAAAUUUAAAUGAGUUAAUUUAAUUUCUAGUAUGGAGAUAGCAAUCAUACUUCCAAUCAAGGCUCAAAGUACAUGUAUGUGUGUUUGUCCUCUAUUGUUACUGUGUAAUUGAUAUACCAACAAAAUGACCAGAAAUUAUUGUUUUUAAUAUGUACAUAUUUAAUUUGUGUGUACAUAUUUUUUGUAUGACAAUUUUAUU